AGUUUCCAUGAAUGCAUACGAGCCAUUAAAUCCGCUGCGUGUAUCAGCUCUUACCUUUUCGUAAAUGCAAAUGGAGCUAAAGUUGCAGAAUCUAAAUCUUUCACUCGCUUCCUUCAAUUUCAGUAAGCCAGAACCAGGAAUUCUCUCUCUCUCUCUCUCUCUCUCUCUCUCUCUCUCUCUCUCUCUCUCAUGUUUUUGCAGACUUUUUUUAAUCUCAGUGUUGUAACUUAGCAAAGGAGAUGAGGCAUUACUUCAUUGCGCGUAUACAAUGAUUUUAUUAGAGAGACAUUGACUGUUGAUGGAAAGGCAUUCGAUUCUGAUGAUAUGUGCAGAUUACUCAAUUAUGAUUCAGUUGAGAUUACGAGUCUUGUCGAUUGAUAAUCAUGAUGCAAAAUUUUGUGUUUGUUCGGUGACAAUAACUUAGAGAAAUGGUGAAAUUGAUCAUUAUCGAAUUUGAGUGAAUCAUGUAUUGGCACAGCCGCACAGAGAUGGUGAUGAACUCUUUGUGGAUGAUUAGAAACUUGCUAAUUAGUUGAAAUGAUUAGGUUAAUUAUCUGCAGAUUUUUGCUGGCUUGCAUUUGAAAGAUGUUAAGUUUCAAGUAAUUGUUCACAUCUAUACAUUGUGAUUCAGUUGUCUCUGCAUUGCCAGAUUCUCAAUUGAGAUCAUGUAAAGUAAGUACCAAAAGCAUGGCCUUUCCAAAGGCUUUCGUUUGUGAUAAAACAGAUGACUACUCAAGCUAGCAGAAGCGUCUAUAACCUCUCUUUUUCUUGGUUCUGGUAUUUUCUCAAAGAAUAUGAUGAAUGAUUGAAUGUAUAAUAUGUAUCUCCUGUGUAUGCUGGGUUUUAUAUGUUGUCUCUUUUCAUGAGAAUACCCUAAAUCACAGCCUUGCAGUUAAGUGAUUGCUAAACUGGUGAAGAAAUAUCAUUUUUCAUGAUAUUAAUCCUACCUGAGCUGAUUUUAACCGUGUGACACCGUCUAUGUGGCUAGUGUUACUUGUCUCCCAUAGAUAGGGAACAUAUUCUGCUUCUUAUUCAAAUGUUUUCAUCAGCUUUUUCUAAAGUCUUGAAACAAAAUGGGAAUCUGCAGUGUAAGUUGUCAUUCUCAAUACUUGGUUGUGCAGCUUCUACAAGUUCAAAUUCGAGAGUCAGUUAUGGAUCCCUGAAUGCAUACAAGGCAAAAACACGAAGUAGAGAGACAGUAAAAGUACUGUCUUCACUACCAGAAACAGCAGCCUCUGUAGCAGUGGCUGCAACAGUUGUCGGCGCAGCUGCUACGUUUCUGAUGAGAAGAACUAAAAGUUCUGAAUCGACUGAGGCUCCUACAAGAACAUGCGAUGACUGUGGAGGUUCAGGUGUAUGCUCUGAAUGCAAAGGAGAAGGAUUUGUGCUAAAGAGAUUGUCUGAGGAAAGCGCAGAAAGAGCAAGAUUGAUGUCACAAAACGCGGCAACUAGAUACACAGCGGGGCUGCCGAAGAAGUGGAGCUACUGCACCAAGUGCUCGUCUACUCGGUCCUGCAUUACAUGCGAUGGCCGUGGCAUAUUAAGGUGAGCAACAAGAAUUAGUCUCAUACUGCAACGAUUCGAUUGGCAUCAUUUGCUUUAGCCGACAGCAUCAAUGAAUGAGGAAUCCCAGUUGAUGAUGAUCAUGUAUAGGUGUUUUAUUGGAAAUAUAGCAAAAUUUUGCAGCAUACACUUCAAUUUUGCACGGUUUGUAACUUUGUUAGAUUAAAUCUGUAUUUGUUCUCUAGUUGUGGAAGAUACUUAUGGAUGGUACAUUCAGUAUGCAGCUCAUUUGAUCAACUUUAAUUUGGUGAA